ACCUGUUGUGCCACACAAUCGAUAAGCUCAGCACCCAUCCCAUCCCUCGAAUGUUUGUGUGCGAAUAUGACACUAUGUCCAACAAUGCGUCGGGCAGUCCAACAACAGAACAAGUUGUGCGAGAGAGACACAUAUUGGAGUUGCUUGUAAAAGCGCUGCCAUAUGUGCACGAGUAUGCUGCAAAUCAUGGUGAAGGUGGUGCAGACAGUCAUGUGAGUAUCCCUGACUGUACUGAUCGCAAGGUCAUUCUCUGUCAGUUCAGGGAUGCUGUCGCACAUAUUGUGAUAGUCAGUGGAGGCUCUGAGAAGGGUAGUACAGUUGGAAGGAGACUAGUUAUUCUCAUAGGUCAUGCGGAAAUGGAGGCUCAGUUUGCUACCCGGUUUGAUGUCGAGGGAAGGAGCUGGCUGCAAUACAAGGAGAUUGGCAACGCACACUACUCACGGAAAGAGUAUGCCGAGGCUAUACAGGUGUAUACCACAGCCCUCUCGUUGGAUUCCAGUCAGGUUGCGCUCUAUUCAAAUCGUGCGCUAUGUGCAAUGCUCCUUGGACGAUACGAACUAGCCCGAGAGGAUGCCGAGGACGCAAUUGAGUUAAAUGGCCAUAACAUGAAGCACUAUCGUGUGCUAAGUAAAGCCCUAGUAGCUCUGGAACUAUGGGAUGAAGCUAAGGCUGCAUGCAUUGACGGUCUGAAGCUCGUGCCUGAUAACCGAGUGCUGUUGAACCGUAGUAGAGAUUGUACCGCCCACGCCGUACAAGCCAGGCGGCGAUCUUAACAUCCAAG